AGGAAAAUACGUCGACGCGCAAUAAAAAUUUAGCCAGCCUGAUUUGUCUCCGCCCUUGAAGCCGCUCAAACCGAUUUGCGCUAUGAUCGCGACGCGCAAUUCUUCCACCCCAUGCAACGACUUUGGACUUCGGCUGGAAAGUCCUCGCCUUUCAAGUUUAAAGCACUCAUUCAUUCAGCAUUGGCAAAAAAAAUUCACUUGCCACCAAUACCAACACCACAGAGCGACUUGUAUCUUCCUGGGUCAGAGAUCCAGCUAAAAUUCCAGGCUCCAGACUCCCCGAUAGUUCAACCUCUCAGUGUUAAAAUCAUCAAACGACUGGAACCUUUCACAUCCUCUGCUGUUCUUCUAAGUCAACGCACUUCCGACAACAAACAAUUCAUACUCAAGCUCAAUGACCGUAGAGUAGGCUUCCGUUCCAGCCUCAAUAUGGAUGGCGAAUUCCCAUGGACGCCAGAUCUCGAAGAGCGUCUACGGGCAGCCGUGCGGGAGAUAGACAAUGGAACAAAAACCCACUGGUUCGAAAGUGUCAAGGAUCGCAUGAACCCAGCGCUGCCCUGUCCUAGCGACUGGGAAGACUGGAUGUGGGAGAUAUUUACGUGGACUUUGAGAAUGGAACGGCAAGAAAGUGAGGUGGAGGCAUAUCGUCUGCUACGCAAACUACAAGGUUUUCUCAUUCCCCGCUUCAUCGGUCUUGUUACUCUCCCCAUUUCUUCCGAGGAACCUCACCCCAUCACCAACUGUGUUCCAGGCAUCGUCAUCGAAUAUAUCCAAGGUGAAAGCCUGGGCUCACUCAAACCCGAUGUCAAUAUCCCUCGAUCGGAGGCGGAAGCGAUUGCAGAUGCUGUUAUGGAUGCCUUCCGCAUCCUAAAAGCGCAAAAAUGUGUGAUUCACAACGAUAUACACAUCGAUAACAUCAUCCUGCGCCACUCCGAUAGAUCCCCGGUCAUAAUUGACUUGGGUUGUGCCCUCACGAGGGAAUCCUCCAUGAGCGAUUCGGAGGAGUGGGAAGCUUCGAUUGCAGGUAAUGACGACAUGCGGGCUGUGCGGAACAUGCUUACGAGUAAAGAGCAUGGGGUGUGGAGAAGGAAGGAGACACCGCUGCCAAUGCAUUAUUAUCAUACUCUACUGGCAUGGAACAAAUAUGUGGAGAACCAGCCUGAAGAUUAUCGCAAACAAACAUUUGAGAGGGUUCCAGAUACGGACGGGGAAGGUGCUAGGGAGAAAGUGUUGCAGUGGCGCCUCAGGCCCGGUAUUCAGCGCAGAGAGUAAGGAAUUUGAAAAUGCUUUGUAGCAAGUUUUUACGGAAUGAUCGUUACCUUUUAAACUGUCAUUGCUUCCCUUUUCUUGACAAUAUACAGUGUACUACCGGUCCUUGGGACAUCAGUUUUGUACCACCACCACCUACGUAUCUGUUCACGAAUAAAGUUGGUUUGUUUUAUUUGCAAGAUUAAGAUGUUGAUGCCUGUAAGUUACUGU